AUGGCGACGGCAUAUGGAGGACGCGGUCCUGUUCUGCUUGGAGUGACCUGGGCAGAAACAGCGCUGGCUCUGAUUUUGUUCGGGUUACGUGCAAAGACAGCGUCCCUGUGUCCACCAGAAGACGUUUCGUUUGGGUUCUGUGGUCUGCGAUGGGAUUUUAUCUGGGUGAUGUUCGCUUAUGCGCUUGCCUUUGCGGCCCAGUGCACCAUGACGAUUAGUGUCGCACACGGCCUCGGAUUGCAUCAGGAUCAGCUCUCGCACCAGCAGAUUGUUGCCAGCAACUACUGGAGCUGGAUUGCCCAAGUCCUGGCCAUUCUUGAUCUCGCAAUCGCCCGGUGUGCGGUGAUCGCUUUCCUCCUGACCUUGCAAAUGCAUACCCACCGCAAAGGCCGCUGGGCACUGCUUACGGUGGGUGCCCUCCAGGGGCUGAUCAAUGUGGCCGAAAUUGGGGUCAUCUUCCAUCAGUGUGAUCCCCCUCAGCGAUUGUGGGAUACGGACGUUCCAGGAACCUGCAGUCUGAUCGAGACCUGUUUGUAUAUCGGAUACGCUCAGGGUGGGAUUGGUGCGGCCGCGGACAUCUUUUUGGCCUGUUAUCCGGUCUAUAUCAUCGGACGACUUCAGCAGAUGAGACUGUCCGUCAAAAUCGGACUGUGCUUAUUGAUGAGUGGAGGGAUCAUAGCAGGAAUAGCCGGGAUCAACAAGACUGUCGCCAUAUCCACCAUCAUCGAAACCGCUGACCAGACGUACGCCAUCGCCAAGCUAAAUACCUGGGUCCUGACAGAGAUGUGGUUUAUUCUCAUCUUUGGAUCCAUUCCUGUCCUACGCCCCUUCUUCGUGCGAUUCUCUCAGAGCAUCAAGACUGUCGCGGGAUACUCGAGUUCGCGUAGCCGAACUCAUGUUGAUGGCGAUCGCAGUGGGAGUCGUCCCAACGACGAAAUAUGGAUAAACCUCGAUGGUCAACAGCAUAGCCCCUGGAUGGCUAAUGGGCCUCGCAUGAAGAAGGGCGUGUCCGUGGGGAUACAUGGAGGUAGCCAAGAGGAUAUCUUGUCCACGGCGUAUCCUGACCAGAUCGUCGUUACGAAGAAAACCACUGUGAUGGAGGAAUCUCGCUAG